AUGGAUCGUCGGCAGCUCAUCGCCAUUACUUUGGCCUUUGUGUGCUUGGGGAUCUUGAUAGCUGAACUGCUCGUCUACAACAUCGGCAGAAGCUUAAGGAUCCUCAAGGAGCCGCCGCAAUGGGGGCUGACCAAGUUCCUGAUGCGCCUCGGGCUCCUGCGAGCGAGGGGAAGGAAUGAGCUGCCGCCGCCGAAGAUGACGAAGGAGGAGAAGUUCGUCAUGGUGGUGACCAUUCUUGAGCUGGCCCUGGGACUGGUCAACUUCGUCGCAGCAUGGCUUGCCACGAGCUUGCCGCUGUAUGGCAUCCAGAAGACUUGCGAUUACGGGAUAGAGAUGGAGAACAAGUGCUCUGACAUGCAGAAGGGUUGCAACCUGAGGUGCGGGGGGCCAGACUUCAAGACCUGCGGGUCUCAGACCUGCAAUGUGGACUUCUGCUCUCAAAACUUCGGCCUGAUCUUGGAGGUGUGCCCACUGAGAGGUUAUGUGCCGAUCGCCGACGCUUCUGACUUGUGGAGCAAGCUGAACAACGAGAUCACAAACGUCCAGUGUAUCGCCAACCUCAUCGGUGUCCUCUUGUCUUGGGCCAUCGUCGCCGUUCCGGGCCUUCUUGCAGCUCUCCGCACGUCAGUGGAAGCUCUGAUGUUUGCCAACAUGUCUUCGGCGUGCUGCUCUCCCCUCUUCCUGGGGCUGGGACUCUGGAUUAUCAUGUACACCAAACAGAUCAAAGACGCGUGCGGGAAGCAUCCCAAUAGCCCCACGCUCUCGUGCAGUGACUCGAUCGCCGAGGGCCUCUUCGAUGCGCUGUGCGCACAGAACGACUUCGGGAUAGGGCUGACGGAGUCCUACAUCCUGCUGUCCUCCGUCACCCUCAUCAUCCAAGGGUUCGCUUGCGCCAUCUUCUCCACGGUGAUGUACCUACAGCGGAACGCGUUCGUGGCGCACAACAAGAGGAGGCUGGAGCUGUUCAAGAGCGCGGUCUCGUUCGAAGAGAUGAUUCGGAGCGAGAAGAGGCAGAACGCGCAGCGGCAGCAGGAGCGAAACAUAAUCGACAAGACUCUCGUCUUCAACGAAGGGUUCGUCCAGUUCCCCGGGCUGCUGCAGAUCUUCAAGGGCCACACCCGGGGCGUGAGCUGCAUGCAAGUGGUAGAGUUCAACGGCAGGUCGUGCAUGAUCACAGGCAGCCAGGACGGCAGCAUCUUGAUCUGGUCGAUGGAGACAGGUACCUACCUUCGCAGGAUCUCCGCGCACUUCUCCUCGGUGGUCGGCGUGAAGGCCUUCUGGAAGUUUGACGUCAACCGGCAGUGCAGGAAGUCGCGGGUGAUGUACAAGACGACAUCCCCCAUGUGGGACGAGACGGAUGCUCAAACGUUCCACAUCAAGUCGGACAACCAGCUCAUCUGGGUCAACCUCUAUGACGCGAAGAGGUAUGGCAACGACGAGCUGAUCGGAACUUGCACGUUCCUCCUCUCGGAAUACAAGAAAUCUUCCAGAGAUUUCACGAACGUUUUGUCUUUGAAGUUGUACGACUUGUCCGAGUUCGCUGGGCAGACGACGCAGGAAACUUCUGACAAGCCGAUGGAAAGUCACCAGAUCUUCUCCUAUGGCAAGUUGGUCGCCGGGAUGAGCAGCCAGCCUGAGAGCAACAAGACGUCUGGACUUCCGCCUGCUGUCCCGUUGGUGGGAACGAUCGUGUUGAGGCUGGACUACAAGGAAGAUCCGAAGAGCUUCAGCCUGGUCCCCUUUGAAGCCAGGAUCAUGACGGAGGGUUUCCUCUCCUCUUGCAACCCUUACCUCCAGUUCAACGUGGAGGAGACUCCGAGCCAACACUUCGUGUCGGCGGGAGAUGACGAGUGCAAGCUGUGGUGCAUGGAGACCGGGAGGUGCCAGAUGGUGUACAAGGGCCACUCGAACCUCGUGACGUGCGUCGAGGUGCUGAGAGUGAUGAACAGGGACGGGGAGAGGAACUUCCUCCUUUCUGGCUCUCAGGACUGUACCGUCCGCCUCUGGAGCAUGCUCAAGGGAACGUGUCUGAAGAUCUUCACAGGGCACCUCGACUCCGUGACUUCCCUCUGCAUCCACAACAAGUUGGACAAGGAGGAGGAGCAAGUGGACUACACGGACUACCAGGAGGACGUGGAGGUGAGGAUGAAGCUCCGGUGCAGGGAGAGGGAGAGCGCGGAUCGCAUCUCCUACACCGUCGACGUCAACAUCGAGAGGCUGCGAAACACGCAGAGGCUGGUCGACAAGGACGUGAAGAGCGUGUGGCUGACAGUUGCGUGCGGCUCCUCCUCCUUCUCCACCAGGUCGAGCUCUCUCCGAUCCAACUGGAUCUUCGAGGAGAAGUACACCUUCGAGGAAGUGAGCAAGUUGGACCAGCUGGUCUUCGUCCUCUAUGCUGGGGGGAAGCUGGGGAUGAAGAAGUACCUGGGAUACGUCGAGUUCGAGGCAGAGGAGGUCAUAGCUAACGGAGGGGAGGAGGUGGACGAGGACUGGUACCCCGUCAGCUUCUUCCCUAGGAGCAGCUUCUCCCUCUUCACCGGCACGGGGAACGCGGAGGGCAAGGUUCGGAUGUUCGACGUCCGGACGGCCGUCUGCGUCACGGAGGCAGGGGCGCAUUCGAGCAUGGUCAGCGCCCUGGUGAUCGCGGACAUGUACGGGAAGCAGAGGCUCUUCAGCUCCUCCUGGGACCGCACGAUCAAGAUCUGGAAGUUCACCCCGAGCUCCAUGGAGUGCGUCCGCAGCAUCGCGCUGGAGACUGACGUGCUGAGCAUCUGCGUCGACCGCCUGCAGACCCCCUACACGUGGGUCAUCACCGGAUGCAGCGACUGCACUGCCAAGAUGGUGAAGCUGCCGGUGGAGGACGUCGGGAGCUCGCGGUGGAAGAAGGUGCUGGGGAGCAUGCUUGACAGCCCGAGGCUCUUCUUCGUCAUCAUGACUUGCAUCCUGGUGGACAUGAUGUCCGGGAUCCUGACGGACUUCGCCAUCUCCUCGGACAGGAAGGACUGCUUCGGGAGAGAUUCCUACGUCUCCCUUGCCAUCACAGGCUCCAUCCUUGCUUUCUUCCUCAUCGAGCUCCUCCUGCGCAUGCUCGUUCACGGCAAGAGCUUCUUCGUCCCCUGCUCCAACUGCCUGUGGAACUACCUCGAGGUCCUCAUCAUUACCGUCAGCAUCGCCGUUGUCGCCUUCAAGGCUUACAGUGACUGGACCACGAGCGUCCCAGCAGGAGCAGAGCACCCGGUGAUCAGCUGCCACAACCACCCCGAACUGUGCGGAGACGCCUGCGCCACCACCACCACCACCACCACCACCUCCACCUCCUCCUCCUCCUCCUCCUCCUCGCCGAUCAAUCUCAAGGCCAUGCAGAAGUCUUUUACAGCUGCGAGGAUCAUCUCGAGAAUCGCCAUCGGUCUCAGGAUCCUCCGCAUCAUCGCAAAGGCCUCGCAGCUCGCUCGCUCCUACCUCGGCAAGACAGUUGCGACGUUCCAUGGGCACGAGAAGCGGGUGAACGUGGUGGCUGUGGCAGGAGGAAGGGAGCAGCGGAUCUUGACAGGCUCGGAGGACGGAUACGUCCGCCUAUGGGAUGUGGCGUCUUGA